AUGAACAACACAACUUUGGCAGCACUGGCAGACCCACUCAGAGGUUCUUGCCCACCGCCUUUCUACGAUGUGACUGAAUUUGGGUUAGACGGAUUCGUUGAUGGACGCUUUUGUGCGCCAGUCGACUACCUCCAGAAGGGACUAGUCUGCUGCCUGCCAUGUCCACUAACAGACUACCUAUAUCCUCAGGAAUUCAACAAAUGGUACAGGGCAGCAGAGGCUCUGAAUGUCGCCGGCCUCAUCUGUCUUGUCUUCUUGAUGGCAACAUUCCUGGUUCUUCCUGCCGAGAAGACCCGCCGACACUAUUUGAGUUACUGCUUGAUCGUUGCUGCGAUGCUCAUGGCUCUUGGAUUUGUUAUCCCAUUCGGCGCAGAGCCCGAACAGUGCUAUGACGAGAUCACGCCCAAUGACAUGUACUCGAGUCUGACGUGUGCAUUCUCUGGUGCCUUCCUCAUUUCAGGCGGUCUGUCAAUCGCUGUAUGGAUAUUUAUCCGCGCCUUAUCCAUGCACCUUCAGAUCUGCUGGGACGUCACGCCUGGCAAGAAGUUCUUUUACUGGGCCCAAGGAUUGGGCUGGACCGUCGCCGCAACAUUCUUCACAAUCACGAUCACGAUCACGGGUGUCUCUUUCCGUUUUGGUGAUGUUUGUCACGUCAAUUCGGAGCAUUCUAUGAAGGACUUUUGGGGUCCUCUCCUCGCCAUUUCAGGUGGUGCUAUGCUUAUUCAGCUCGCAACGUUUGUGUACUGCAUCAAAGUAUACUUGCAAAAUAUGUGGAGCGAUGAGAAGACCGAGACUCACAGCAGCGCUGGACUACCCUCGUAUACUGGCAGUGUCCGAACAAGGUCUGCCCGAGCCGUAUAUCGUCGAGUCCGAAAGGUUCUGUGGCUCCAGUGGAGAGGUAUCACUAUCGUCGUCUUCAUCCUGGUCGACGUUAUCUUCUUCUCAGUUGUGUUCAUAUGGCUCAACGCCCUUCAGAGUCACGCCCUGGACGAUCUUCAACAACUCGAGCCGUAUCUCAAGUGUCUGGUUUUGUCCUACCCGGCCGUGGAUCCAUGCUUGACGUAUGGCCAGGAACUAGCUAUCAACCAAUCGACCGUCAUCGCUAUCCUGAUGAUGUUGUCCAUUGCUGGUCUGCAGGCCUUUCUCUUGCUUCUUCGCUGGAGCAUGCUGACUGGGUGGGUCGAGUUUUUCCAAUCCAAGUUUAGCAAGAACCGCGAAUUUGUUUCUCUUGACGCCAAACACUAUCAGGAGAAUCCUAAGAACUACGAGUUGAGGAAGUUUGAACAGACAGACCUGCAAUCACCGCCGCACGCCUUCUCCAGCCCAGACUUUGCAAGUCACCGCGACGGCACGCCCGAUUAUUUCCAGGAGACAGAUAGACCGUACAGAAGCCCCACACAGAGCUAUUCGACACCAAGACCGUUUUCGCAAGAGGCGAUUGCAGCAUAUCCACGUGUGGACUGGGACCCAAGGAGUACACAUGCAAGAGGUGGUCUGGGUCUGCACCCACCGGACUUCGAUUCGAAGAUCUGA